UCUCCCGUGACUCUUGCAUUCAACAUGGUCGUCUUCUUACGAAGGGUGGCGUAAGGGGGAUACGAAUACCGCAAAACCGCUCAGAAAUGCGUAUAAACACCGCACAGAAUAACAUGAGAAAACCACAAACCGCAUUAAAAUUACCCGUAAAUUUCUCAAUUCUGGAAACUGCUUGGUUUUGUAAAACCGCAAUACCGCAACUUCAAAUGAAAUUUCCGCAAAACGGCACCAAAAAUCGAGCAAAACCGCAUCACCGCAAACCCUUAUGCCCCACUCCUUAUACCCAUCAGGCGUGCUAUCCCUUUUAGUUAUACCCCGUGGGUCUUUUCCAGGGUCUUUCCACCUAGUGCUCGCUUCUUUGUCCAGGCGAACGCUUCGGGCAGGGUUCACUUAAAUCGAGAGCAAAAAGCUCAGGGAAAAGGCUAAGGACCUUUGUUAAUUAUCAUUUUUAGGGUUAAAAGUGUGUUUACAGGGCAGGGCAUCUUGUUCCUGUAAUAUUCUCGCGAAACCAAAUACAUUAGGUUUAAAAAAGUUUAUUAUUAUGUAAACAUGCAUGAACUGUGACUAUUCUAGUAGAAAACAUAGUUCCGAGAUCGAGAAUUAAUAAUGCCGGGUAGUUGAACUGGGUGAAGUGCAAUUUGGUCUGAAAUCAUACGCGUGAUUUCAAAAUCGAAUUUGAAAUCACAAAAACAGCAGAAAUCAUCAUUUACAGCAACCGUUAUUUUUUCUAUACUGAACUAGGAUUUGUUUAGGCUACAGGUUCUUUUUUUCUGAAAACGUUUGCGAAUCAUUGAGAAAAGCGCAGCAUAUAGUUUUUGAUGCUCUAAAUAUUGUAAUGAAUCUAUAAUGGGGUGUUAACAUAGCCAGAUUAGACUUGAACUAGCUUUAUUGAUAUAAAAUCCAUGGAUCCUCUGAACUUCAAUUAUUUAAUUAGCUCUAUGAUAAGUAUUAAGUUUUUGGUUAUUUUGUUGUAUUGUGCAUGUAAGGCUCAACAUUUUCUCUAAAUUUAAAUAAAUUUUCUCUGAUCAAC